AGCACGGCCGCGGCGGUGUCCAGGCUCGGUUCCGUCCCCGCUCAGCUGCUCUGGGACGGGGGGCAGUGCUGGGGACACGGGGGCUGAGGGCACAGGCUCGGUGACACAGCUCGGGCUGAGGUGGAGGAUGCGGAGCGGGCGGCUCGGGGACACGGUGUGGUGCUCGGGGAGUGCGCUGAGCACCUCGGGGCUCGGCUCUUGGGGACCCGCAGGGUCCUGCAGCCAGCCCGACCCCCAUCAGCACGGGGCAGGGGAUCCCUGGGGUUCCAUGGUGGGCUCUGCCCCGCCGCAGCCCCUUGCCGGGCAGGGGCAGGGGCUGGCCGAGCAGCUGCUCCAUGGGGAGGGCACCCGCCCCUCCUGGGGACCCGCUGGCCUUGUUUUGGGGUGCCCCACUAGCGGGGCUGCCCAGCUCCAGGGCGUGCUGCGGCCCCUCAGCUCUGGACCGUCCGGGAUGGUUUUGCUGAUGUGUCACAUUUUCUGCAUUUCUUUCCUCAUUCCUCCCUCUCUGGAGCCGUUUCUGGGAAUGAGGUCGUCCCCUGCCAGGGCCAAAUUUUCUCCCGCCCUGCCCUGCCCUGUCCGCUGUCCUGCCUCCCAUCCUUCCCACUGCCCUGCUGCCCAUCCUUCCCGCUGUCCUGCCCCUCAUCCUGACCGCUGGCCUGUCCUGGUGGCCUUUGCACUGUGCCUGGCCUUGUCCCUGCCCUGCAGGGUCCCACGGCAAAGGGCCAAGGCUGGAGCUGGGCCGCCACAGUGUGGGGGACGGGGACAGGGACAGGGACACUGCCCCAGGAGCGUGUGGAGCACACGUGUGUGCCCGUGAGCACCGGCAGCGUGGUGCUGGGACUCUGCUCUGCCCCGUGACCCAUCCCAUGGCCGGGCAUGGGACACAAGCCCUGGCCCGGUGCCACAGAUCCGCCUGAUGCUGUGGCCAGGAGGAGCCGUAUCCGUCCCGGUCCCUCAGGAAGGACGGAGGGUGGCGGGAGUGGGACGGCUCCAGCUCCGCAUCCGUGGGGUUCUAGCCCUGGAUGGAGCAGCCCAGCCCAGACACGAGCCCCUGUCCAGCUGGAGCUCAUCAAGGAGCCCCUGGGCACACCCGGGCACGGCCUUGAAAGGGACAGGGGGGAUCCCGGCUCCUGCAGAGCGUUGCUCAGCCCGUGUCCCGCAGAUGCCCAGCACGUGCCAUCCCCGGAGCCGCUGAGACCUGCCAGGCACAAGGAUGGAGAGCCGCCGGAGGGACAUGGAGCUGCUCAGCAACAGCAUGGCCGCGUACGCCCACAUCCGAGCCAACCCCGAGAGCUUCGGGCUCUACUUCGUGCUGGGCGUGUGCUUCGGGCUGGUGCUCACCCUGUGCCUGCUGGUGCUGCGCUUGUCCUGCCGGGCCUCCCCGCGGCCCCCGGCGCGCCCCGGCGACCUCAGCGAGGACGACGACGACGAGGACGAGGACGAAGAGGACACCGUGGACCGCGCGGCGUCUGAGUCGCUGCUGCCGGUGACCGAGAUCCCGCUGGAGAGCCACGGCCCCGGGGACGGGGCGCUGGCCGUGAACGUGUUCGCCUCGGCCGAGGAGCUGGAGCGGGCGCAGCGGCUGGAGGAGCGGGAGCGCAUCAUCCGCGAGAUCUGGCGCAACGGGCAGCCCGACAUCCUGGGGUCCGGCACCAUCGGCACCCUGGGCCGCGUCCACUACUACUGAGCCCGGCAGCGGCCCUGGCACGGUGUCUGCUCCCCCACGGCUGAUCCCACGCCGUGCCAGGAGGGACCAGGGGGACAGGGGGGCUGCCCCUGAGCUGGCGGAGCUGCCUUGGACCGUCCCUGCAGCACGGAGAGCCAGACCCCGGUGGCACGGGCACGCCCGGGGCUGGACUCGCCCCCGCUGCUGUGGGACACGAUGCACUUUGAGCCAUUGGUACGACGGCUGGCACCAGCCGACAGCCCCGGGACAUGGACAAGGACAGGGUAGCCCUUGCUGCGCCGGGGUUUCACCCGUGGGACAGGGCUGGGCUGUCCGUGUCACCCGUGGGCUCCCGCCCCACAAACAUGGUGCUGUUGUACACGAACGAGAGCCCAGCGUGGCGGCUCCGGCGUUUUGGGGUCCUGGACGCAGCAACGGUCUGGACUCCCCCCCGAGCCAAUUCCCUUCCCAUCCCCACUAAAAUUAGCCGGGUCUUUUCCGGCGCCGCCCGCCGUGACCCCACGCCCUUUGGCCGGAGCAAGGCGGAUGUUCCCGCCGGACUCUGGGCCGGCCGCUGCUCCCCGGGGAUGCGGCAGCUCCCGCCGGGCCGAGCCGCAUCCUGCCCCAUCCCAGCCCGGCCCCGCGGGGUGCCCGGCCCCGCUGCCCCCUCCCCGGCAGCUUUAUAAAAAUAUCUCCUUCCCAGGCUGGUCCCCCCCGCCGCCAGCGCCAGCAGGAUCCAGAUGUUUUCCAGAUGUUCUCCAGUGGCUGGAGGCCAGGAUGUGCUGGGGCUGGGACUGGAGCUGGCCUGGGAAACUGUGCGGGGGUGGAGGAGGAGGGGGAGGAGGAGGAGGCCCUGUCCCAAGCCUGCCAGGAGCCCUGGAGGGACCCCUUGUGCCAUGGUGGGACCCUUUGUGCCUGGCAGGACCAGCCCAGCCCUUCAGGGCCAUGGCAGCCAACAGCCCUGAGCAACCCCCACACAGCACUUUGUACACAAAAUAGUUUAUUUUAAACGAUUUCUACAAGCCA